UCAAAGCUUUAUGUACCUAGUGAGCUCAUUCAAGCUGCAGCCCGCAGCUCCGAAACAUACGAUACCUAAUAGAGUGUGAUCAACAAUUAGGUAUUAAAGAAAUAUCUUCUCCGGAAUCAAUGGAAUAAGUCUGGAGAAUUUCUCCCUUCUUAGGAAUUUGAGAGUUCGAAAGACGUGGGUCCUAGCAAAAUGAAAGCUCUCACUCCUUGUCUACGCUCCGUAUCGAGCCGGCAUGGCCUUGUCCAAAAUCACGUGCUACGGCAACUACCCGUAGCAGCAGCAGCAACAGCAUCAUCGUCAUGCACUACCAAUAGCAACAACAAUAGGAGACCUUUCUCGGUCCUCAACCGCCCACCACCCAGUUACCCAGGCCACGUGCCGCUGACGGGUCUCGAGCGCGCCGCCCUAGCCGUCGGCUCCGGCAUCGCGUCCUUCGUAAACCCGUACCGGGGGGACAUGAUCGCGGCUCUGGGCGAGGCCACCGCGUCGCCGUACUUCAUCCAGCGGCUACGGCGGGCCAUGCUCGCAUCCGCCACGGGGCGCAGGAUAUUACGGGACCGGCCCCGAAUCACAUCCGCGUCACUGAAUCUGCCGUACCUGCGCUCGCUACCACAGAAUACCGUCGGCGGAACGUAUGUCGCGUGGUUGGACCGAGAGGGUGUAUCCCCGGACACGCGCAGCGGCGUGCGGUUCAUCGACGACGAGGAGUGCGCGUACGUCAUGCAGCGGUACCGCGAGUCGCACGACUUCUACCACGCGCUGACGGGGCUACCGAUCGUGCGCGAGGGCGAGGUUGCGCUCAAGGCGUUCGAGUUUGCGAACACGCUGCUCCCGAUGACGGGCCUUUCGCUACUAGCCGUCGCGACGCUCAAGCCCGUGGAGCGCCGUCGCUUUUUUACCAUCUAUGCGCCGUGGGCGGUGCGCAAUGGCCUGCGCUGCGACGAGGUUAUUAAUGUGUACUGGGAGGAGGAGAUGGAGACGGAUGUGGAUGCGUUACGGGCGCGGUUGGGGAUCGAGAGGCCGCCUGAUUUGCGCGAGAUACGUAAGAGGGAGCGCGCGGAGAAGAAGAUGUUAAGGGAGGUGAAUGGUGCGCGGGCUGUUGGGAGUUGAGACGGUGGCAAAAAGAAGGGGUAUUUAAAU